CUCCACCGCACAUUCUGUUUCUCCUACAGUGAUCCGGAAACUACGAAGCACAGUGGUCGCACUGACACAAAACCCCCUGAAGCUUUGUAGUUGCAGAGGUGCCACAACCUGCCACGUGGUGUCAUUGAGAAACGAAAUCCUGGCUCCUGUAACUCCCCCAUUGUGCACGGAAGAACUGCGGGAGAAGGAGUUUUGGUUCGAAAGACAACGCAUACGCAGUUGCACACGGCCGUCCGACAAAAAAGAGGAGUUAGGGGAAGAUGUCGAUUAAAGGGCGAGAGGGACGACAGGAGACUCCGCGACAGCUGUGGCCGCUGUUUUCUGUGUCUGAAAAUCGACAGAAAUAGGAAGCGGACUGCGAGAGCAGAACUCAAGCGUUCCGCACUCUUUCCCUUUUCUAUUUUGUCUCAGCGAGUGGUGUACUUGGUAGAGAGACAGUGGCUCGUUUUUCGUUUGGGCUGUUUCUUUUUUGCGACCCCAUCUGGACACUUUCGCGGUCGUCUGUGAUAUUCUCUGUCGUGGAAGCUUUUUUCUCCGUUCUUCGCUGCUGUGAUUUUAGCCGGCUUUCCUCCCUUUCCCUCUUCGAGACGCGUUUUAUCCCUUUUCUGUGUGCAUUCGCAGACGGCGCGUCCGUCUUUCUUCGGUUCGACCGCAACACGGGUUCCAUGUCUCUUCCGUGUGGGUGCAGGGAUUCAUGUCCCACCGCGUACACAAGCUCUGUUCUCUUCUGCUUUUUCUUCUGGGGUGACAGUCUCUAGCGUCCAGGUUUCCCUUUGGCGACGACCGUGCCCCUCUGCAAGAAAGAACGCUUUGCCAGCCGUGACCCACUCCCUUCGACCGGCACCUCCAGGAGUCAUAGCUACUAGUAUCCAAAAUGUCGCCGGUCGGACGCCUCUUUUUGGGGUCGAAGCUGCCGGCACAGACGUGGCAGUCGUUCCGUCUGCAGCCAGCACUCCCCCAGUUUGCUCAGAAGCGAUUCUUCAGUGGAGGCGCCGCAAAGCCCAGCUGGCACGUCGCUCGAGAACAUCGUUUUGGACCAACCCUGCCGGACCAUGCGUACUACGGCGAACAUGCGACCUACAACUACUUCGUGCUGUUCAUCCGCGGCAUGCGUCCGUACCUGGAAAAGAUUUUCGGAGACUGUGCCUCCACGAUCAAGAACGCGGCGGUGGCUGUGUAUCGUCCGGUCAACGCCUUUGUCGUUAAACACAACCCCGACCUGAGGCUGCAAUUCGUCGCUUUCGCCUCUUUCAUUGCAACCCACAUGGCCAUCACGAAGGAGUUCAACGACAUGUAUCAGCGUCUCGUGGACAUCACCUCGCUGCUGGAGCUGCAGGCGGCUCAGUUGCAUGCGUCCGAAGGUUUUUGGGAUAGCGAGUCGGAGCAACAGGAAGCGCGUCUUCAGCGCCAUGCCGAGCACAGAAACGAUCUGGAGACAACUUGGGAAGAGGCGUUGCGGGAGGCGACACUGGCGAGGAACUUUGAUGUUCUGGUGAGCUACCUGAACCACGGAACUUCGGACGGCUGUGGUGAACACGGCGCCUGUGGACACAGCGGCCAAAACGGCAUUCCCCCUUCUGUCACGUGGAACUUCAACGCGAUGCCCUACGGCAAGGAGAACCCCGAUACCAAGACCUUCCCUAUCCCUGACCACGAACAGCCCUACCGUGCCUUUUCUCUGGGUUUCACUGCGAACAACCUUUCCGGCAACUGGGGCGACUACAUCGACAGACAAGACAACAAGAAUGCCCUCAUGCGCCCUGCCCGUAUGAUGUUCACGGAUGUCUUCAUCCCGACGACGAAAUAAACUCGUAAAGCAGGGAUGGUGCUGGCGUCAAAGUUCUUGGUUGUCCACGCUGCGGUUGUCGUGGAGAGGCCGAAAGAGAUCCUUGGAACGGCUGUGGAGCGGGAAACAGGUUUUUUUUCGUUCACUGUCGUGAGGGGUGAGGGCAGUGCUCUUCAUCAGAGACAGGGGGGUUGUGUUCGCGGAAGAAGGAAGCCGAGGUCCAUCAAACGGGCUGUCUUCCCUCGAUUUCAGAAGUGGCGAUUUUCGGUGGGGAUGUCUCCAAUCGGUACACUGGACUGCGGAAGCAAACUUCAGCUGGUGAACAGGCUUGCUCGAUUUGUUCCUGACAGAAACAGAGGCGCCAGUCUUUCGCGCGGC